AUGACAAGAAGAAAGAUUAAAAUCGAUAAAAUAGAAAACGAAGAUUCUCGAAAAGUCACCUUUUCAAAGCGACGCAGUGGUCUUUUUAGAAAAGCCAGGAAGCUCUGCACGUCACACGAUGCCCAGAUUGCUGUCGUCACCUUCUCUUUAGCCGGCAAGCUCUUUUCCUUUGGCCUCCCUUCUGUGGAUUCCGUCGUCGAUCGCUUCCUUGGUAACGAAACUAAUAGCAGCAGUAGCAGUUCUAAUGAAUCUUCCCGUGAUAACGAGCAUAGGCCAUCAUCAUCAUCAAAAGGAUCAAUAGCUAGCAAAGAAAGGCAAUCAUGGCGGGCAUUGCCUAUUGAGGGUAUGGAUUUGGACGUGGAUGAGCUUCAGCAAUACAAGGCUUCUUUAGAAGUUCUGAAAAGCAAUGUGGCUAACCAAUUAGAAGAGAUCAAGGAUAGACAAGCUCGUACCAGAGAUUUUAUAGGGUUGAUUGAUGCUCCUUGA